CAUAUGAGAAUAUUCCAGGUCAAUCUAAGAUCACAUUCCUUCUCCAAGCAAUCAGGAAUACUGCUGCUGCUGAGGAGGCUAGACAAAUGGCAGCUGUCCUUCUACGACGUCUUUUGUCUUCUGCUUUUGAAGAAGUUUAUCCAGCUCUGUCACCUGAUGAUCAGACCUCGAUCAAAAGUGGAUUGCUGUUGCUUAUUCAGUUGGAGACGCAGUCCAGUAUGAGGAAAAAAAUCUGUGACGUUGUUGCUGAAUUGGCCAGGAACUUAAUAGAUGAAGAUGGUAACAACCAGUGGCCAGAAGUUCUGAAAUUCUUAUUUGACUCGGUCAGCUCUCAGAACGUGGGACUGCGUGAGGCUGCUCUGCAUAUUUUCUGGAAUUUUCCUGGGAUUUUUGGGAAUCAGCAGCAACACUAUUUGGAAGUCAUUAAGAGAAUGCUAGUCCAGUGUAUGCAAGAUCAAGAGCAUCCACCAAUCAAGACUAUGUCUGCUAGAGCUGCAGCUGCGUUUGUGCUUGCUAAUGAGCACAAUCUUCCCCUUCUUAAACAUUUUGCUGACUUGCUACCAGGAAUCUUGCAGGCUGUAAAUGAUUCCUGCUACCAAAACGAUGAUUCUGUCCUGAAAUCCCUUGUAGAAGUUGCAGAUUCUGUUCCUAAGUAUUUACGACCACAUUUAGAACCUACGUUGCAACUAAGUCUGAAGCUGUGUGCAGAUGCCAGCCUCAGUAACACGCAGCGUCAUUUGGCGCUUGAAGUAAUUGUGACCUUGUCAGAAACAGCUGCUGCUAUGCUGAGGAGGCAUACAAACAUUGUUGCACAAGCCAUUCCUCAAAUGUUAGCAAUGAUGGUUGACUUGGAAGAUGAUGAAGAUUGGGCAAAUGCAGAUGAGCUUGAAGAUGACGAUUUUGACAGCAGUGCAGUUGCUGGUGAGAGUGCACUGGACAGGAUGGCAUCUGGCCUUGGAGGAAAACUUGUUUUACCUAUGAUUAAAGAACAUAUUAUGCAAAUGCUUCAGAAUCCUGACUGGAAAUACAGGCACGCUGGCUUGAUGGCGCUCUCAGCCAUUGGAGAAGGUUGCCACCAACAGAUGGAGGGAAUUUUAAAUGAGAUAGUUAAUUUCGUUUUGCUAUUCCUUCAGGAUCCUCAUCCAAGAGUAAGAUACGCCGCUUGUAAUGCUAUUGGACAGAUGGCAACUGACUUCGCACCUGGUUUUCAAAAGAAAUUUCAUGAGAAGGUGAUAGCAGCUCUUCUGCAAACCAUGGAGGAUCAAGGCAACCAGCGUGUUCAAGCCCAUGCAGCUGCAGCACUCAUAAACUUCACUGAAGAUUGUCCCAAAUCACUGCUUAUUCCAUAUCUGGAUAACCUAGUGAAGCAUCUUCAUUCCACUAUGGUGAUAAAACUACAAGAGUUGAUACAGAAAGGCACUAAGCUAGUUUUGGAGCAAGUUGUGACUUCAAUUGCGUCAGUUGCAGAUACAGCAGAGGAGAAGUUUGUUCCCUACUAUGACUUAUUUAUGCCCUCUUUAAAACACAUUGUCGAGAAUGCUGUUCAGAAGGAAUUAAGACUUCUGCGAGGAAAGACUAUUGAGUGCAUCAGCCUGAUUGGUCUUGCUGUUGGUAAAGAAAAGUUUAUGCAAGAUGCGUCAGACGUAAUGCAGCUCCUACUGAAGACACAAACAGACUUCAGCGAUCUAGAAGACGACGAUCCACAGAUUUCUUACAUGAUCUCAGCAUGGGCCAGAAUGUGUAAAAUUCUUGGAAAGGAGUUUCAGCAGUACCUUCCUGUUGUCAUGGGACCCUUAAUGAAGACUGCAUCCAUUAAACCUGAAGUAGCUCUUCUAGACACACAAGAUAUGGAGAACAUGAGUGAUGAUGAUGGUUGGGAAUUCGUAAACCUAGGAGAUCAGCAAAGUUUUGGAAUUAAAACUGCGGGCCUUGAAGAAAAAGCAACUGCAUGCCAGAUGCUGGUUUGCUAUGCAAAAGAGCUAAAAGAAGGAUUCGUGGAGUACACAGAGCAAGUUGUAAAGCUGAUGGUUCCCCUGUUGAAGUUCUAUUUCCACGAUGGUGUUCGAGUGGCAGCAGCAGAGUCGAUGCCCCUCCUUCUUGAAUGUGCUAGAGUUCGCGGGCCAGAGUACCUCACGCAGAUGUGGCACUUCAUGUGCGACGCACUCAUCAAAGCCAUUGGGACAGAACCCGAUUCAGAUGUUCUCUCAGAAAUAAUGCAUUCUUUUGCAAAGUGCAUUGAGGUCAUGGGAGAUGGAUGCCUUAACAACGAACACUUUGAAGAGCUUGGAGGGAUAUUGAAAAGAAAACUAGAAGAGCACUUUAAAAAUCAAGAGUUAAGACAGGUGAAAAGACAAGAUGAAGACUAUGAUGAACAAGUUGAAGAGUCAUUGCAAGAUGAAGAUGACAGCGAUAUUUAUAUAUUGACGAAAGUAUCGGACAUUUUGCACUCAAUAUUCAGCAGUUACAAGGAGAAGGUGCUGCCAUGGUUUGAAAGUCUACUUCCACUAAUUGUCAACCUAAUUUGUCCGCACAGGCCAUGGCCAGACAGGCAGUGGGGGCUCUGCAUUUUUGACGACCUCGUAGAGCACUGCAGCCCCUCCUCGUUCAAGUACGCAGAAUACUUCCUGAGGCCAAUGCUGCAGUCGGUAUGUGACAACAGCCCGGAGGUGAGGCAAGCAGCUGCCUACGGUGUUGGAGUUAUGGCACAGUUUGGUGGGGACAGCUAUCGCCCUUUUUGCACAG